AUGUCGAAACGUACAGCCGAAGAGAGUGGAAAUGGCAGCAGUCAGCCGCCGAUUAAGAAAGUACAUUUUGAACCCCAUUUGAUAGGCCCGGUUUCCACACUGGAAGAAAUGGACAUAAAAGUCCUUCAAUUCCAAAACAAAAAAUUAGCCCAGAGGAUAGAGCAACGCCACAGGUGUGAAGCAGAACUAAGAGCAAGGAUAGAACAACUAGAAAAACGGCAGACACAAGAUGAUGCUGUGCUGUGUGUUGUUAAUAGGUAUUGGAAUCUGUUGAAUGAAGACAUCCGGGUGUUGUUGCAGCGUUUUGAUGCAGAGACUGCUGAUGAGUCGGAAAACAAAAAUGAAAAUGAGGCAACAACAUCAUUCCUUAUGCAGCUAUCAACGUGGGACAAGGAAGAAUUGGAUGCACAACUUGCCAACCGAGUCCAAGUUAGUAAAAGAGCUGUCGCAAAGGUGUUGCAGGCUUUUGACAGAUUGCAACAGAGGAAUGAUAAGAUUUGGAGAGCUAUUAAAGGAGAAGGAGAUGAAGGUGCCCCAGCUCCAUCCAUGGAUGAAACAAUUCGAGCCACAAAUGAGGAAGUAACAGCAGAGAAUCGACGUCUACAAGCACUCAGUACCACUUUACAUGAAAGCCAUCAUGCAAUGACAUUACGUGUAGCACAACUGCAGGAUGCUGUUAAUAGUCGGGAUACGGAGAAUGCAGAAUUAAAGAACCAGAUUGACGAUUUGCAGUAUGAAUUGAUGAAGGUCAGAUCUCGCAAUGAUAAGCUAGAAAAUCACUUAGCCGAAGCAAUAGAGAAAUUAAAAAGCUACCACCAGUCUGGUACUACGGCACCAGUCAACUGUGCACCCACUCCUCAUUCAGCAGUUGCCAAUGCCAAGCUCGAAGAUAUUGCAGCAGAGUUAGAAGAGCAGCGGGAGCUUGCUAACAAUAGACUGGCAGAAUUGGAUAGGUUACAUCGACAGCACAGAGAUACAUUGAAGGAAUUGGAGAAACUUAAAAUGGAUAUACGGCAACUUCCUGAAUCGGUGAUAGUCGAAACGACAGAGUAUAAAUGUUUGCAGAGUCAGUUCUCUGUGUUGUAUAAUGAGUCUAUGCAAAUGAAGACCGCAUUGGAUGAGACAAGGCUACAGUUGCAAAACGCCAAGAAUUUACACAUGAGGCAAAUUGAGAUAAUGGAGAGUGAAGAGUUAGCACGACAGAAGACGUUAAGAGCAGAAAUGAUUCAACUAGAAGAUGUCCUUGGGCAGCUAAGGAAAGAGUAUGAGAUGUUGCGAAUAGAGUUUGAACAAAAUUUGGCUGCCAACGAGCAAACGGGACCUAUUAACAGGGAAAUGAGGCAUUUGAUAACUUCACUGCAGAAUCAUAAUCAACAGUUAAAAGGAGAAGUGCAUAGAUAUAAGAGAAAAUAUAAAGAUACCAGUCAGGAGUUGAAUAAGCUUCGUAAAGAAAUGGAAGAGGCCAACGUACGGGCGGCACCUGACCAGCCUGACGAAAAGCCACUCGCUGUAAAGAAGGAGGAACCUGACCCUGAGAGUGAAGAGGGCGCUAGUAGUGGCGGCGGCGAAAACAAACAUUCGCUGGCAAAAGACCAUGGUCGAGCGAAAAUACAGGAACAGGAACUCAUCAUCAAAGAUCUCAAGCAACAACUUAAAAAAGCGGUGAACGAGCAAAAGGAACUGAAACUUCUUCUCGACAUGUACAAAGGUGUCAGUAAAGAACAAAGAGAUAAGGUGCAGCUUAUGGCCGCUGAGAGGAAAGCUAGGCAGGAGCUUGAAGACCACAGGCAGAAGGCAAAGAUGGCGCAGGAAAGCAAACGCGAGCGUCGAAUGGCUGACGAAGACGCGUUAAGAAAGAUUAAACAGCUGGAAGAACAAAAGUAUGAGCUGCAGAAGCAGUUGUCCUGCGCGAGGCCGAAUACUGAUCCUCUACAUGGAUUCUCCAGACCUUUCGCUGGAUCACAGGAGGAGGAAGCCCUGCUGAACGAGAUGGAGGUAACGGGCCAAGCGUUCGAAGACAUGCAGGAGCAGAACUCGAGGCUAAUCCAGCAGUUGAGGGAAAAGGACGAUGCCAAUUUCAAGCUGAUGUCGGAGCGAAUAAAAGCGAACUCGCUACACAAGCUGUUGCGAGAGGAAAAGCAGUUGCUUCAGGAACAGGUAGUCACCAGGGAUCAGCAAAUCGAAUCAAUGGGUUUAGUAGCACGGAGGUUAGAGGAGAAGGAGCGGUUGCUCCAAGCCACUCUAUCUGCUGUCGAGAAGGAGCUGUUACUCCGUCAGCAGGCCAUGGAGAUGCACAAGAGGAAGGCAAUAGAGUCUGCGCAGUCGGCGGCCGAUCUCAAACUGCAUCUUGAAAAGUACCACGCACAAAUGAAGGAGGCGCAACAAGUUGUCGCUGAGAAGACGAGCGCGUUAGAAGCCGAAGCGUAUAAAACAAAAAGACUCCAUGAAGAGUUGGCUAUACUACGUCGUAAAGCGGAACGAAUGAAGAAGAUGGAGCAAGCCGGUAGCAGCAUGGACGAAGUUCUGCUAGAAGAGAUUCGGGAAUACAAGGAGACGCUUACGUGUCCAUCGUGCAAGGUGAAGCGUAAGGACGCGGUACUAACGAAAUGUUUCCACGUGUUCUGCUGGGAUUGUCUGCGCACGCGGUACGAGACUCGUCAACGGAAAUGUCCCAAGUGCAACGCUGCGUUUGGCGCCAACGACUACCACCGACUAUAUCUCUCUACUUAA